CAUCAGUAUUCUUGUGUAGAAUCACACUUACGGUGCGUGCCAUCAGGACAACCAAUGAUAUAAAAAUGCGUCUUUUGGAUUUAUUGCUAUGGAUCGUCUUAAGCAUAUACAUUACAUGUAUAGCGUAUUGAUGCUUAAGUAUUGAUAAGGUACAGAUUGAAAAUGGGCGGAAAACGAAUACAAUGUUUUUAACUGUAGACCAGCAGCUGCCUGCAAGGCCUAUUUAAACACCUGUUUACUUUGCAAAAGUCUAGAACGCGUUGAUUGAAGAGUCGGCUUUCACACUGUAAUACUCGCAAAUAGUUUGGCCUUCUUUGCUACGUCACUUUUAUUGGAAACGUCGCCUUCAAUGCUUACAGAAACAUUGGUUCCUCUUAAGUUGUGGUGCAUUUUAUACGAAUUCUAUCAAACUAAUCGCGGUCAGACUCUACGGUGUGUCACUAAAACUGAUUAAAUGUCAAAAACUUCGCACGUCUGGCUAGAACCAAUAGCUGAAAUGUUGAACGUUAUAAAUCGAAAUAUCAGAUAUUUCAUUGAUAGCAGCAUUAUAAGAGCCGUAUAGUAGGAGGUUAAAGUCCAUUCAGAUGCAAUAAUCCGCUGCACCGAAUCGCGAGUUGAUGACUACAUACUCAGGAAUUGUGGUAGACCCGUCAUCAGUCGUUAUCUGUUGUUUCUGGAAAUAUCGUAUCUGAAAAACUGUAACAGCGGAACGUCACACCAUAAACAUGCGAUAAUAAAUAUCGAAAACAUAUACACUAACUAUAAAUAGAAACCAGAGAUGACCAGGUGUGUAAAAGGCGUACGUAUUUAUCGAACACAUCUACUAUUCAAAUAAAGCAAGCCGGUAUCAGAGAUCUUACAAUUGCUCUCCCUCUCUCUCCCUUUUGCCCAUUGAAAUCUGGCCGUAAACGAAACGUCACGUAAUUUUUCGGUUCGCCGCGUAAAACGAGUCAUCGCGGAGUGUAGAAGGCAUCCAGUAACGUCGACCUAAUCUGCUAUGCCGAUUUCUACGGUUCUAUUCGUUGACAUUGGGCAAGUGGUUGGAGAAACGGUAGCAGACGCCACUGUACGAUAAUAAGCGUGUUUUUUUUCCCUCUAGAUCGAGAUGCCUCUGUAUAUGCAUCGCUGGUAGAGUGCUACCAAUAGCCUCCUUCCCGUCGUGUCGAGAGAAACUUUAAAAUGGUAACCACCCUCAUGAGACGAGUGAGUCACUAACUAGUCAACACCCAUAACGUUGCCGCCGCCGCGAAAACGCGACGACCGCGAAGACGGCGGAUGUUGGAGCCAGAAGCGACGUAGACGACGGCGUGGUUUUACUUGCUGCUCAAUUCAGUUGUUUCCGUACUUCCGUCCGGGGACGACACAAUAAUGCUUCUGUUUAUGCGAACGGAUGGAACGACUAUAAAGCUGCGACAGCGGCGGCAGUGACCACGACAUGAAUGAUAGCAUGCAGAGUACGUGCAGUAGUUCCGCGAGGAACGGAUGAUGUCACCCACAGUCAAAUAAAAACAAAUGACGGCAAAAUAUCCUUCCGUAGGAAUGGUGCCCGGCAUUUUGCCCUCAGGCAUUUACUUCCCCACGCCCACCCUCAUCUCCGCUUCUUCUAAUGGCUGGCGAAUACAUUUCACAGCCACCCCUAAUGUAGACAGACGGCCUAGCAAUGAGUAAAUUUGUUCAUUUAUCUAUUGCCGCUAAUGCGAGGAAUUUCAGCAUUAUAAAGCAUGCCGUACCAUGUCCAACCUGUGCGCAACUUGUCGAUAGUUUCACGGGCGACCGGCGACAGCUGGUAAUUUUAGAUGAAAUAUAGGAAAAUGUAAUAAACUAAAUAGGAUUACAGUCAAACUAAGACGAAAAGAACUAAUCCGGCUAAAAAGCAGGUAGAAAUCAAUUAGCUGGGCAUAGCGGCAUACGCAUAUAAUCAAUCUAGAAAGUUGGGCCAAUCUUCGAUCAGUAUCUGUUAAAGAACGACGUUCAAGUAGAUCUCGUUAUCGAGACGUUGUCUAAUUUUAUUACCGUUUCGUAUUAUCGGGACAUUUCUCUUAUGCUUCGGUAGCCAUUAAUCUUUGAGUGAAGACCCCGGUGUCUAUGGCUAGAUGUUUCCGCUGAGAAAAGUGCAUGCACAUAUUCUUUCAAUCUCGUAAAUUGUAUAAGGGAUGUUUAGGUUUUUUUUCAUUAUUGGACUUGUUUGCCUACAGGGUUUAGUGAGUGGUAAGGCGACACGGCCUCUUCGGCUUGUGUAUAUUUCACUAAACAGUAACAUUAACGGCGAUACGAAGUCCAGUUAAUCUCGUUACGCUUUAUUCCGUUACACUGUCUAACUCCAAUAUAUCUGUACAUAUAUAUAUAUAUAUGUGCAAUAUUUACUACGCUGUACCUAUUACAAUGCACAAUGCACAGCAGUCACGUAAAACUGGCCGCCUGCGUGGUGCGCUCCUAAUAUGGAGUGAAUACUUCUCGGUGGUCAAAAUUUGCCUGGUUCCGUUCUCCUUAUAGAUCGUUCGCUCGAGACAAAGCGGGCGAAACAGUACAAAUGCGCAAUGAAGUAUUCAGGGGCAAAAUAAGAUGUGCAGCGUUGUACAGAUAAAUAUUAUCCGCGGGAAAUCACAAAAAAAUCCGGCGGGUGUAAUCUAUAAUAAGCCGAUAAGCGCAAAUGCAUGGAUGCCGUAAAUGUCGUAUAAAUUAAUAUAAAAAUCGAUAUAGAUUUCUGCUUUUGUUGUACAUCUUAUGUCUAUCGUCUGACGGACAAUAGCGUCCGUUUAUUAAUGAAUACACUAUGCAGACAUAGUAGUAUUCCUAUCGUGAACAAGUCGCCGAAUACCAGAAUAUUGCCGAGCCUUCGUUGUUCAUUUCGUGUUUUUUUCAACAGCAAAAUUUCAAUUCUGCCCCUACACUCCUACUAGUCGAUUCAAGGGCUAGUUUAGGAAAUGUGCUAAUUAAAUGAAGAUACAUUUGCUAAUGUGUGCAAUCGGUAGGCACACAGAGCACGGUAACGUACGAAGACACGUGGUCUAUCUAGAAUAGAAUAAAUAUUCACUGAUGUGUCAACAGACAUCGUCGAAACACAAACCGAUGAUAAGAUAAACGUGCCAUUCGAAUUUCCCGCCAUAAUGCAUUUAUAAUUAUUAUAGAGGGCUAAUAAGGGUUAUGACUGUUAUUGCCACCGAAGACGGCCAAUGAUGAUGUCGCUGUACAUCGACGUUGAGUGAUUCCGUCUGAAAAAGAUCCUGGAGAGCAAGAGAAAUAUAUCUUUGCAGCGUUUAGAGGCGCAUAUCGGGUCUCGUCUUGUUGUUUUGUUUUGACGAAGUUAGAAUCACGUCAUUUCUUUACAUUGGCCUGUGAAUCGGACGAGCUCAUGUCAUGGAGCAAAUGCUGACUUACAUGUUUGCCUCUUAACUAUCGGGAAAGGUCACAAAGAGUUACCCUCGUAGCCGUUAUAGUUCCAUCUGCUUUCAAUGAAAAACAAAAAUCGUAUAAGAACAAAUGAACAUUAACGAAACCGUAUAGUAUUCAUCACUUUGCAAGGUGUUCGGGAUUGAUGAACAUCGUUUAGGUCCGCUUUGUGGUCUAGAAACUUCAAUAGACAAUGCGCACUCACGGCAGCCACUCUGGCGAUGCACCAUCAGCGUAGAUCAGCUUAUCCGCGUACCAAUCAGCUAGAUUGCCUGGACGUACAGAAAAACAUUACAUGAUUAGGCAAGCGACCAGCGCUCAAGGAUCAUGUGCUUAUUAGAUAAUCUCGCAUAACUGUUAAAGAUACUGUCGAAGAGGCACCACAGAAUGUUCUAUCUUUAGUGCAAAUUUGAUCUAUUUGACUUGUAUAGCCCUUUAUAUAGAUAAGUACCAAUUACGCAUUGAUAGUGUUUUCAAAUCGCUUCCUUGCUGAUCUCUACAGAUCCCCCUGCAGGGACCUCCUUCGUUCGUAAUAUAGUCAAAGCACCGUCGAUGGUUAAGGCAAGUGCACUGUAAUGUGAGGCUUUUCCUGUGGUCUUGCACAGACACGUGAUAGUAAACAGAGUGCUAGUAUCCAUCUGGUAAACUAGUGCGAGUGGUUAGUGAUAAACCGGAAAGAUACUGCGUACAAAUCUCAUGCUAAAUCCACUGAAGCUUCAUUCAGGUCGUGACCAUCUGACAUCACUUCUCGCGUCAAUAAGUGAUCCGUCAAGAUGGUUCACCAGGCCCAUGAGUUGCCCGUUCAAAGUCACGCGACGAGCGCAGGCGUAGCCGGCAUCAACGGACAGUCAGAGACCCCGACUGCGCAGCACGUAAUGGUCACAAGUCCCGGGCAGUUACCAACAGCAAAUCAUGAGCUAUUGUCGCGACUGCAGACCACAGCCGUAGCCUUUGGCAGUGUGAGCGUUCACGUGAACGGGCGCAACUUAAUCCCGGUCGGCCGGAAGGAGGUUCGAUGGCAAGAUGGUCAAAACCUAGACGGAAUAACCAACGAAAGCGUUUAUAUCCAAGAAAAACCACAACCACCUGGUAAUAAUCAGAACAGCAGCGAAAGCGGGCGUUCCGUUGAUGGUGCCGUUGUAGUUAUGGACGCUAAUAGGGAUAAAGACAUUAAAAAACAAAUUAUUAACCAAGGAAGCUCAAGCCUCCCAAGGGACAGAGCGACAGUAUCCAGUGCCAAUUGUGCUGACAAGAAAAGGGACGCAGCCGAUGGAUAUGAGGAUCAUAAACCACGAGUACUCGCCAGGAAAAGAAAGCUUAUCCGUCCGCACCUGAGCGAACCGCUUGAUUACGAGACUUUUGUCUUGAAGAAUCGGACCAUUCUUCAAAAUGACCCCCAACGGGAAAUGCUCCUGUUUCCACCCGAUGACCUCUCUCGAUGCGUUAUUCCUCGGAGCAUUCGAACCACAAUGCCGACGGUUCCGCCUGCUUUGGCGUGUGCAGUGCAUGGGGACGUCGACAGAUCCGACAAAACGGCGACAUUAGCCGAUAGGGGAUGCGAUCUGCCUUUGUUCGUACGGCAAUGCUUGCAGACAUAUGCUGCUGAUUGGGUUAAGGUCCAUUAUAAAUACGGGAAAUAUGGAGCCACAUACAAAGAACUAGUCGAGCGAUUGGCCGAUCUGCACGAGCACAUUUAUGAAGUGGACGCUGAUGCGGAAGUCAAAAACGCGAAUUCUCGAUCCGAAGAGAGUGCAAUUAUCAAAGAAGGAUAUAUUCUCAAGGGCCCGGAGUCCGGCACAGAUUCGCUACUGGCUCUUGCGACAAAGUCAUUUAAGAAGCGUUACAUGGUACUCAAGAGGGGCGUCGACGGCACACAUAUCGUCGAGUUCUAUAAGGAUGAGAAGAAGACCGAUUCAAAGGGGACUCUGUGCAUGGAUUUUUGUACCAAGGUGAUCCGUAAUGCACGACGCUCAAAUAAGUACUGUUUUGAACUCGCUAUGAGUGAAGGCCGAUCUUGUGUACUCGCGUCGGAAAGUGCUCAAGAACAGGAUGGUUGGAUUGGGCUUAUGACCGCCAUUCUGACGUCAAACAAAAAUGCGCUUGAGGCUAAGAAGAGUAAUAGUACUGUGACAUCGCCCGACGAGUCACCACCGCCCUCCUUAAACGGUACACUGAACGGUUAUUCUUUGAAGUCUCUUGAGCAUUCGAAAAACCCCGACCUCGUCAAAUAUUCGCGCGAAACAGAGUAUACAAUUGGACACGCUCGAAAACAGGGCAGGCAAAACAUUUUCGCCAUCUAUCCCGAUCUAGGCACGACCGAUUCCGCCGUUCAGGUUAGCGAGUACGACCGGCAAGCGAAGCCCUUUGAGGAGCAGAAAGACACCCGUCUGUUUAUCCGAUGUAACGAGAUUAAAUUCAAACUCCAAGCGCCCCUUGAGGAACGCGGUCAACUAUGUCAGGUUGAACCGUACAUUACGACGAUGGCCAUUUACGACGUUAGGCGAAUGCGGAAAGUUUCUGAAGAUUUUCAUUUUGACGUCAACCAUCCAUAUAUUCGCAAUAUGUUACCAAAAACGCGAAAAAAUAGCGCCUCUGCUAGCGGGACUGGUUACUCGACGAACAACAACGCGGAAGAGGCUACGGUUACUGUAGCUGCCGUUCAGACCCUAGGAUUCAAAGACCUAGGCGAGGAAUGGUUAGCUUUUCCUCGACAGGCGGUCUUCAGUGUACAGCAUACCGAGCCAGAACUCUACCUUGUCGUUCGGAUCGAGAAGGUGCUCCAGGGCAGCAUCAGCCAGGCGAGUGAGAAUUACAUACGGGUAACGGCGGAUGGCGAUAGUCGGCAGGGUAGCAAAACGCAAAAAAGCGUCCGACAAUGCUGUCAACAUCUGGGACACUACCGAAUGCCAUUCGCUUGGACCUCGCGGGCAAUCUUUACAAAGUUCACAGGAGACUUAGACGAGCACAAUGACUUCGGCCCCCUCUACAGGCAGGACGCGACUAAGCUGUCCGACGAAGACCUGCUCAAAAUGUUGUCCGAGCUUCGGAAGCCGGACAAGGCCAAACACAUGACCGCUAUCCCAGGCUAUGUCAAGGCAUCGAUUCGAAUCAUUCGGCCCGAAGAGAAUAUUGUUAACUCCCUCACUUCAGCGCUCAUUCCGGUUAAGCCAUUUCCAAUACCACCUGAGGAGGAGCCCACAUUGGAGGUGCAGCAGUUCCCCACGGAUACACCGUCUGAUGCGCAUCCAUUCUGUACGUACCUUAACCAUCUAUACGUUUACCCGAAAAGUCUGAAAUAUGACGGUCAGAAAAGCUUUGCAAAAGCUCGUAAUCUCGCUUGUUGUGUCGAGCUGCGGGAUAGCGAUUCCGAGGGAGCGACGGCGUUGCGGUGCGUGUACGGUCGACCUGGGGAGCCACUGUUUACCUCACGAGCAUAUACAGCCGUUACACACCACAAUCAGAAUCCAGACUUCUACGAGGAGGUUAAAAUUGCUCUUCCACUUCUGAUCCAUGAGAGACACCAUCUCCUUUUUACCUUCUACCACAUUAGCUGUGAUACGUCAAAGGCGGGAAAGAAGACCAAAGGUCAAGAGAAUCCUGCUGUUGAAUCUGUUGUCGGAUACUCGUGGCUUCCAUUACUUGUCAAGGAUCGGAUUAACAUCUCUUCGGCGGAGCACGCGCUGAUGGUCUCUGCUAAUCUUCCCGGUGGAUACCUAUCCUGUAAACCGUUAGGUUUUGGAAAGGGGCUCGCCGGGCCGGACCUUAGGCCGGUAGACAAUGGCAAAGAAAUCUACAGAGUGCAGCUCCGAAUGGUCAGCACUGUUCAAUCCAAAGAUCCGUUCCUGCACAACUUUUUCGUGCACUGCAGUAAAGUGUUUGAAAACAAGGCAGCAUCGAUGGUAGACAUCGUGAAGGCUUUACAUGCAGUGGAUGGACACACUCUAGUUUGUUUCCUCCCAACCAUCAUCAAUCAGCUAUUUCGACUACUCGUUUCAACUGGUCUCGAGGAGGUAUCACUUAACACGGUCAAGGUGCUCAUUCAUGUAGUAACGACAGUUUUCGAGGCGGGAAAAGUAGACGCGCUGCAUUCGUAUGUGCAGUAUGCCUUUACAAUCGAUAACGAGCAACCCGUCUCCAACGGAAACCAAAACGGUAAUGCGCGGGGGUCACUUGUCACCCCAACUGGCCAGACAGUCCAUCACGAACUGUGCCGAGCCCUUUGCAAGAUGUUCGCGCAAGAGAAUCUCGAUUUUCUUGUCAUCAAUAAAUUCCUCCAACACUCCUGGUUCUUCUUCCAAGUGAUGGCCAAAUCAAUGGCUCUCUUUCUACUAAAUACGGAACGCAUCAAGAUGCAACGGCAAGAACGAUUUCCGAAGGAGUUUGAGGAGCAGGUCCUCCAGUUGGUGCAGGCCCUAGGAGCGCAAAUAUUUAAGAAAUGUAAAGAGGCCAAGGAACAACGCGACCGCGCGGACGUUCGCCGCGCCAACAUGGCGCUGGCACAUCUGCUUAAGAAGUGCCUGUCGCUGAUGAACCGCGGCUUUGCGUUCCGGCUCGUAUCGCUAUUCCUGGAGCGGUUCUCGCCGCAAGACGAGAUCGACCUCCACGCGCUCAAAUUUGAAUUUCUCGAGAUCAUUUGCUCCCAUGAACAUUUUGUUGCCCUUAAUCUCCCGUCGCUGCGCGGCUACUAUACUAGGGGACACUCCAAAAACUCUAAAGAUUUUGAAAGCGAGUACCAACUGACGGAGGAGUUUUGUCAGGCGCACUAUCUUGUCGGAGUCCUUCUUGUGGAACUUCGCGCUGCUCUCUCAGAGGUACUCAAGGUGCGCCAAAUGGCUAUCAAGGUGCUCUGCAACUUACUUGCCAAACAUGCGUUCGACGACCGAUAUCAAGGCUCGUCACAGCAGAUGCGGAUAGCGUCACUUUAUCUACCGGUGAUCUCGCUUCUUCUGGAAAAUAUUAAUCGUCUGCAGCAACCGCAGGCUACCUCGGGCGGGCCUCCUUCGGCUGCGAUAGGAUCUGACCUUCCUUCGGCGGCUAGUUCAGUGUUUGCAUCAAUCACGACUAUGGAUUCCCUGUCAAUGGGAGGUAGUUCCUUGUGCUCAAGUGCAGCAUCCCGACGAACGUCCCAAAUCUUAUCGGACGCUGGUUCGUGCGCUUCUUCAACAGUGACACUCGCUGCAGGUGGAGCAAAUGGCAGUGAAAACAGUUCUCCCGAGCACUCGAAAAGAAACACGCUCGUGCUAAGCGCACAGGAAAGGGCCAGCCUCCGAGAUUCUAAUUACCUGUCGAUCAUCGCUGGUCAGGCAUCCCUUCCUCCAUUUUCCAACGGUUUGUCGGCCAUGUCCAGUGGUUCGCAGACAUCUCUCGAAAGUGCUGUUUCUGCUCAGACGACCUCAGAAUCAAACACUCUCCGAGGAAGUGGUAGUCCUACCCACUCGUUGUCAGCUCACGGUCCUGGCGGGACCGGCGGAACUGGUCAUGUGCGCUCUCCGUCAAUGCCGUUCGCCGGCUCCCUUGGAGUUGUACGAUAUGACAAAUUUGAUGCCCACGAAGUCAAGGAUCUUCUCGUCUCCUUCCUCUACAUCGUCAAGCAUCUACAUGAAGAAGUGCUUAUCGGAUUGUGGCAGACGUGUACGGAUAGUGAGCUCCUAGAUUUCUUUCAUUUGUUCGAGCUGUGUCUGCACCAAUUCAAGUAUCAGGGAAAGAAACAGCAUCGUAGUCGAGCAUCAGCAACAGCCCAUCUGAAGUCAAUGACACUUCCUGCUCGAACCCAUCCGCCGAACUUCCAGAGACAUUCGGCCUAUGUUAAGCCAGGAUCGGCCGGUACCAACUGGGAAUCCGAUGAAGGCAAUGGAAUGUACCGGGCCCUGCUUGAAGCCAACAUGGCCACAGAAGUUGGCCUAAUCACCCUUGACGUGCUGGGGCUUUUCUGUGGCAAUUGUAAAAAAUCGCUGUUGUAUAAUGAAGGUGACAAUCCGCUGAUGCGGCGCCUCUUCGAUAUUUACCUCAGCUUUUUACAGGUGGGCCAAUCAGAGACGCUACUGAAGCAUGUGUUCGCCGCUUUUCGGGGUUUCGUAAACAAAUUUCCACAAGCCCUGUUUGCAGGCAGCGCCCUGCUAUGCGGGAGACUGUGCUUUGAAUUGCUACGGUGUUGUAACUCUAAAUUGUCGUCAGUAAGAAUGGAAGCUUGCGCGCUGCUCUACUUGCUCAUGAGAGCUAAUUUCGAAUAUACGUCCCGAAGGGCUCUUACUAGGGUGCAUCUUCAGUUAAUAGUGUCGGUAUCCCGAUUGUUAGGCGACAUUACUAAUCUGAACUCUGCACGCUUCCAAGAUUCAUUGUCGGUUAUCAACAACUACGCAGCCGCGGACAAGGCCAUGCAACAUACUAUAUUCCCCAAUCAAGUCAAGGAUCUCACAAAAAAAGUUCGCACAGUGCUGAUGGCGACGACUGCUAUGAGAGAGCACGAAAACGAUCCUGAGAUGCUACUCGACCUCCAGUUGCGUCUGGCAAACAGCUAUAGUGCGACGCCGGCAUUACGGCGCACGUGGCUCGAGGCCAUGUCGCGACAACACGAGCGUAAUGGUAACCUUACAGAAGCAGCGUACUGCCUCAUCCAUGUAGCGGCCCUGGAGGCAGAAUUUCUCAAGCACCAGAAUGUCUUCCCGCAAGGCUGCCAUGCCUUUAAGGACAUCUCGCCCAACGUCGUUCGCGAUGAGAGCAAUUUGAAAGAAGACACCGGAACGCACGACUUCCCGUACAGUGAGGAAUCGCUGGUCGAAAGGCUGGAACAAUGCGCCAGUGCUCUGUACCAGGCAGAAAGGUAUGAGCUAAUGUCAAAGGUGUUCAUGCUUUGUAUUCCCUUCUACGAACGGAACAAGAAUUACGAAGCACUCGCGCAGUGCUACAAGACACUGCAUGCCUCGUGCCAAAAAAUUAUCGAAGUGGAGACUUCCGGACGGCGACUGCUUGGUACCUAUUAUCGAGUCAUGUUCUUCGGCGAAGCGUUCUUCGGAGAGGAGGAUCAGAAAGAAUACAUCUAUAAAGAACCCAAGGUUACGUCGCUACCGGAAAUCUCGGAGCGACUCCGACACUUGUUCGUCGAGAAAUUUGGCUCGUCCGAUGUAGUCAAGAUGAUUAUGGAUUCGAGCCAGGUGAAGGUAAGCGAGCUUGAUCCGAAGUGUGCGUACAUUCAGGUGACGCAUGUGACGCCUUACUUCGGUGAGCAGUCAGCGGAUGUGGAGAUGUCCGAUUUUGAGCGGCACCACAACGUGGACGAGUUCAUGUUCGAAACGCCGUUUACGCUAACGGGGGGCAAAGCGCGAGGCGAACCGCACGAACAGUGUAGACGUCGUACAGUACUUACCACCGAGUACCGUUUCCCUUAUGUGAAGAAACGCAUUGCUGUACGCAGCCGCAAAUCAUUCGAUCUUAGUCCGAUCGAAGUAGCGGUUGACGAAAUGCGCACACGUGUGAUUGAGCUCGACCAAGUUAUAGCCAAGAAGCCUCCGGAUGUGAAGAAACUACAACUUAAACUACAAGGCAGCAUCAGCGUGCAGGUAAAUGCGGGCCCUUUGGCUUACGCAAGAGCGUUCCUCACUCCGUCUGCGGUAGUGAAUCAACCAUCCAUUGAAGUAGAAAAGCUGCGAGAAACAUUUGACCGCUUCCUGACCUCCUGUCAGGCAGCGCUCGAUUUAAACGGCAAACUAAUUUCAUCUGACCAGAUGGAGUACCAUCAACAGUUAAGGAGGAACCACGCUAAUGUUGCUCGACAACUCAUCGAUAUUCAACAGCACGGUGACAAUAACCAAAGGCCAUCCGUUGGCGGUUCAACGGCGGAUUCGCGAGAGUGCGAGACCUCAUCAAACGGAUCAACGUUAUCAUCUUCGAGCAAGCGGCUUUCGUCCGAGGUUCUCCAUUUCAUUAGUGGCACCCCUGGUUCCAGCACUGCGUAACAACAACAACAACAACAACAACAGCAGCAGCAGAAAGCAAAACAUAAGUUCAUCAUAUAGCAAUUAUAACAAGCAAUUCAGAUAUAGCAACUGCAAGAGCAAAUGGAACACCGCUAGGUAAGCUAGACUCCCUCUGCGAGCAAGGACCUAAGCAGGACAUACGUAAGAAAACGACCGUCAAUACAUACAGAGUGUGGCUCUGGAUCGGUGCAUCUUUAGCCGUUCUCUGUGUGUUAGAAAGAAUUAGCCACUUGUUUAAUAGAACAACAAAACUCUAUGAUUACGGUGCGUGCCAUUAUGUUUUGGAUAAACAGACUACCUUGUUAACUGUCAUUACUAUUAACAUUGGUUAUCAAAGCGAUGAAGAUAUGAAAGGUAUAUUCUAAGCAAUUACUUGACCCUCGAGGGACACACGUUCAUAUAAGAAUACAACACUGAACCUUGCCAUCGCUUUACUACAAAUAAAUGCCGAUCCUUCGCAAAUUACGUUAUCUAUUUAACCAUACAACUGUCUAAGACGCGCACGACCCUGAUCAAUAGAUCCACGAUUAGAAUUGCACUCAUCUUUUUGACCUGUUCCUGUUAUGUUUCUACUUAGCUUUGUCUUGCUUUACCAAGAAGGUGUCUGUCCUGUAUCAUUCUGCUGAAACACAUAAAGAAAAUUUCAGUGGAUAAUUAAUAGCGUCUUAUAGUCAUCGAUUGACUGGGGAAUGAGUACGUUUGUCGAAGUUACCAUUUCUCUAGUAUAUUAUAGAUGGAAAGGAGACUUUGAAAAACUAUGUUUUAAUAUGCCAAAUAUUCAACAAAAUUUAGGCAUAUGAAACGACCAACCCUGAUUCAGGUUUAAGUUGGUCGGUUAUUAUCCUCGGUUUCGAGACCAUGCGCCACAUGAUUUCGUUGUAUUAUAAACAAAAUGGCAGGACGCAUGUAACGAUAUGUAAAUUUAAAUCUAAGCAAGAUACAAUAUAUAUAAAGUAUCGUCAUUUUGAAUUUUGCAAAGCCUGUGCGAACAGGAAACAAAAGCACAACUACGUUUUUGUACGAUUCUUAAGAGCAGCGCUGCAUUGCUGUUCAUAACGAUAAUUUAAUGAUGGUAAAAGUAAUACUACUAAUGAUAAGGAGCAGUACGAAGAUUAAUGGCUCUUUUGUGAAAUGCACUUCUCAGAGGGAGAUUGAGAGAAGGGAAUCAGGAGGCUUCGUAGUGUACCAAAUAACUCAUCAUUUGAUUUGUGCGAACGAAUUUGUAUAGUAAACAUAUGUUUCUAGAUAGUCAAUAGCUUACAUAUGCGUUUUAUGUCAAGCGAAAACUUUAACCUUGUCAAAAAUGCACCCUCAGCAGAAGUUCAAAUAAAACCUAUUCAAAUACGCUUAAGACUAGAGUAGAGAGACUGUUGAAAAAAGUAGUAACACAAGAUUCCACCCUUCUAAUAAAUUACAAGCCGUUUAAUUUCUUAAUGUUUCGUGAUCAAGGUGAAAUGGCCUUGGUGAGCACAUCUGUAUUGUAUUAAAUGAAUUACAAUUACGGUAACGAUGUAAUUAGACUCACUUCAGACGCAACUAAAAAGGAUCAGUUAAUGCGUAACGUAAUUAAAAUAUUUUAAAGCACUUCUACAAACAAAGAUGUAGGGCUGUUUUUCUUUUGCAGAUUCACGUGUUAAAAACCAUACAAUAGCUAUUAAUUUUCGUUUCAUUCUUGAACCUAAUAUAAAUUCUCGGGUUUUGAUAUCUGCAGUAAGAAGUAAAAACAAAAAAUUGUAAUCUAAUUAGAACACUGGUUUAUAACAAGUCGAUAAUUUAUACUAAGCAAUGCGAUCUAAGCAUACCUAUAUAUUUCCACAUGAAGAUACAGCCAUGUAUACAGACUCAGCACAUGUUUCCCACUCUGAGAAUUAACUAUAUUACUAUUUCAAAAAGUACGCGUCUUUGUUAUCCUGGGGCUUUUCUUCGGACGACGAAAUCUACCCAGGUCAUUUUUCCGGUUUAACGUCAUUUUAAGACAGAACUAAUUCCCGCUGCAGUUUCUUGUAUUAAAUACAUACAUCGUUUGUAUAUAGCCGCACUACUCAAAACAAAAUGGGGGAAAUAUAUAUAUAUAUACAAGAUGCCAUUACGGCAUAUUUCUCAUAAUCUGUUAUUACUUUUUUGCUUUAGUUACAGUAAAUUAUAUUUACAUAUAGAAUACAUGUAUACCCUCACGCUUGAAUGGAGAUUGCCUAUGGAAAGAUAAAGAACCUUGUUACCUCUCGAGUUUCGUUCGUUUCAGAGAUGAUAAGACACAUGAUUUUGAUUUCUAUGGAACCUCAUCGCCCACGCGGUACACAUUAGUAUCCACAUACAAAUACAUAGAAAACCUACUCACAAGACAAUUGUUUUUUCUCUGCUGAAAACACCUAAGCGCUCUAAUUCUAGUCCAUGAAUUGGGAUUCUGUCCCUUAUCUUUAUAUUACCAUAACGAUGAUUAUUACUGCUAUUGCGACGCUGCGAAUGAACGGCGACAAAUAUUUGACGCAUUAGUAAUAAUAAUAAAUGCGCUUAGUUUUAAAUAAUGCGAUAAUAACUACGUGUGUGACAACAGGAACUUAGUGCUGCGGCGCUGAAAAAGGCGUGCAAGCUUAAUAAAAAUACUAUAGAAACAGAUCAAAUGCAAUUUACGUUCUACGUAAGAACAUAAACGGUGGUCUCUGAAUGCUCCGACAGAAGAUUUAAAAUAGUUAAAUAAAUCAAUUUAAUUAUUAAAUUCAAAAAGAAAGCCGAACAGCCUGCUCAUCGUUCAAUAAAGUAGAUUUUCUACAGUGAAAAGUUGACGGUGCACUUUUACUCAUUAGCCCAAAGUUAUUCUAUGCUAAAUGUAUCCACAUAUUUAAUUCGGAAUGAAAAAAAAGAGGAAAAAGCGUUAUAAGAAUCCAUAAAAAAAGGCAAAUUGCUGGAAGUAUCAAAGAUGAAGCAUAUGAGAUAGAUCCCACAACCUUUUAAAUUCUUCAAAACCUUAGUACCUUGAAACUCGGUUAACUGUUUUUGUAACAAACAUUUCUGUGACACACGUUGAUACAUAUCAAUAUUUCUUCUACUGCUCUAUAGGAAAAUAUUCUACCACUAAAUAAGAUAGGUUAUUUGAUUUCCGUGUAAGGAUCGGUUAAAUUCGGCUAAAUCAUCUGAAGGACUUUGUAUUUAUUGCCGGGGAUGGGAUCUAGGCAUACGCGCUAAUCAGUAUAAGAAACUAGCUGAUUUUGUCAAGCAGAACUAAGAUUUUCGAACCAGCUGUGCUGUAAAAGCUUAAACAUCUCGAACUCAUAGCUAUGGGCUUUGGAAUAUAUAUACAAAUGAUAGGCGUCGCCCUGACCCAUUCCAAGUCCCUUUACGGCAUAAAAUUGAACCUAUGAAUCUAAAGUUGUAGGACGACGGAAGAUUUUUGUAUACCCUGCACCCAGUGCACCCUGACCUGAUAAUAAAUCGGUGAUUUAAGACGAAGCUAAGGUGAACUGUUCGUUUUAAUGAAAAUGUGACGUGAUACAAGGGGGAUUAAGCUUACCGUAACAUUUUCCUGUUUACUUUUCUUGUUGCUAGCUAGCCGUCUACCAACAUGUCUCACAAUUAGCUUAUAUCAUCAUUAUAACUAUAAUCACCAGCACUGAUUAUAU